AUGUAUGUGAAAUGGUUUGAUACAGUAAUGUUUCACUAUGUGAUUUUAGUGAUUUUAGUGAAUGUCACUUUUUGUCAUUUUCAAAUUUCCCGCCAGUUCCGUCCCCGUACGUCCCGACGUCGCAGGGGACGGAACCCAGAAGACAGAUGCCGGCAUCCGCCGGAGGACAUUACAGGGGACACUGCAGGGAGGACAUUGCGGGAGUGCAGGACAAGGUAAGUGAUUGAGGGAUCCCGGAGCAGCGCCACAUGGUAAGCCCAAGUGUAGCUCGGGGUUACCGCUUUUGCUACACUCGUGAAUACCUCCAGGGAGGCUAC